GCGGAGAAGCGGAAGGCCAUGCUGGACGACAUGGCGUCUCAGCUGAACCAGGUGAAGUCUGACCACAAGGAGGCGCUGUCUGACCUCAGGCUGCAGCAUGAGAAGGAGGUCCUCGGCGUGAGAGCUCGCUAUGAGAAGGAGCUGCGGGUUCUCCACGAGGAGAAGAACCGCUCCGAGGAGGAGAUCCGGCAGCAGCUCAAGGAGGAGAAGGGCCGGACCAGAGAGCUGCAGGGCCUGCAGCAGCAGCUGGAGGAUCUGCAGCAGCAGCUSCAGGCCAUGGAGGGAACCAGGGGCUGGUUCGAGAGGCGGCUGAAGGAGGCCGAGGAGAACCUGGAGACAAACGGCGAGCGGCACCGGCAGGACGUCCAGACGCUGCAGGAGGAGCACGGCCAGCAGCUGCAGGAGAAACGAGCUGAGAUGGAGGGAUGGAAGCAGCGGCUGGUGGAGGUGGAGAAAGAGAGAGAUGAGGACAGAGAGACGAUCGGGAAGCUCAGACAGGUGAGAUCAGCAUCAUCAGGUAGAGAACAGAAGCUGCCCGCAGCGCCGCGUUUCCACACUGUUCCACUAGGAGGCGCAGUUCAGCCGCUUUUCUACCAGCAGUGAGCUUCUCCAUCUGCUGGGCGGGACGCAGAGAACCUCCAGGUUCUGGUUCCGAUGGAC